AGUCCUCUGCGCAGGCGCCUGGGACCGCGGAGCUUUCUGGGUAAAGAUGGACGCUCACGAUCUGUUUCGCCGGCUCGGCGCGGGGGCCAAAUUCAACGUGAGACGCUUCUCGGCGGACGCAGCCCGAUUCCAGAUAGGGAAAAGGAAAUAUGACUUUGGUUCUUCAGAGGUGCUGCAGGGACUGGACUUUUUUGGAAACAAGUCUGUCCCAGGUGAUUGUGGAGCAUCGAAAACUCAUCAGGAGCUACAAGAUGAAGAGAAAAAAGAAGAGAGCCUAACUGAAAGGAAGAGGGAGCAACAAAAAAAGAGGAAGAAGAUGACUUCAGAGAUGAUUUCUCAAGAAGAAGUUUCUACUAUACAAUGGAUAUCAUCUGUGGAAGCAAAGAUUGAAGAGAAAAAAGCCAAAAAAGAAAAUAAACUAACUUCAGGAAAGUUGGAGCAGCUCAGGAAAGAAAAGAUAAACUUCUUGCGGAAUAAACAUAAAAUUCAUGUCCAAGGAACUGAUCUUCCUGACCCAAUUGCUACAUUUCAGCAACUUGACGAGGAAUAUAAAAUCAAUGCUCGACUGCUUCAGAACAUUCUAGAUGCAGGCUUCCAGAUACCUACACCAAUCCAAAUGCAAGCCAUUCCAGUUAUGCUGCAUGGUCGAGAACUUCUGGCUUCUGCUCCUACUGGAUCUGGAAAGACUUUAGCUUUUAGCAUUCCUAUUUUAAUGCAGCUGAAACAACCCACAAAUAAAGGCUUCAGAGCCCUGAUUAUAUCACCAACACGAGAACUUGCCAGCCAGAUUCACCGAGAGUUAGUAAAAAUAUCUGAGGGAACAGGAUUCAGGAUACACAUGAUCCACAAAGCAGCAGUUGCAGCCAAGAAAUUUGGACCUAAAUCAUCCAAGAAAUUUGAUAUUCUUGUGACUACUCCAAAUCGACUGAUCUAUUUAUUAAAACAAGAUCCUCCAGGAAUAGAGUUAACAAGUGUUGAGUGGCUGGUAGUAGAUGAAUCAGAUAAACUGUUUGAAGAUGGCAAAACUGGGUUCAGAGACCAGCUGGCUUCCAUUUUUUUGGCCUGCACAUCCCACAAGGUCAGAAGAGCUAUGUUCAGUGCAACUUUUGCAUAUGAUGUUGAGCAGUGGUGCAAACUCAACCUGGACAAUGUCAUUACUGUAUCCAUUGGAGCAAGGAAUUCUGCCGUAGAGACUGUAGAACAGGAGCUUCUCUUUGUUGGCUCAGAGACUGGAAAACUUCUGGCCAUGAGAGAACUUGUUAAAAAGGGUUUCAAUCCACCAGUUCUUGUUUUUGUUCAGUCCAUUGAGAGGGCUAAAGAGCUUUUUCAUGAGCUCAUAUAUGAAGGUAUUAACGUGGAUGUUAUUCACGCAGACAGAACGCAGCAACAGAGAGAUAACACAGUCCACAGCUUCAGAGCAGGAAAAAUCUGGGUUCUUAUUUGUACAGCCUUGCUGGCCAGAGGGAUUGAUUUUAAAGGUGUGAACUUGGUGAUCAACUAUGACUUUCCAACCAGCUCAGUGGAGUACAUCCACAGGAUAGGUCGAACUGGAAGAGCAGGGCAUAAAGGAAAAGCUGUUACAUUUUUCACAGAAGAUGAUAAACCAUUAUUAAGAAGUGUUGCCAAUGUUAUACAGCAGGCUGGAUGUCCUGUACCAGAAUACAUAAAAGGUUUCCAAAAACUACUAAGCAAACAAAAGAAAAAGAUGAUUAAGAAGCCUUUGGAGAGAGAGAGCAUUAGUACAACUCCAAAAUAUUUUUUAGAAAAAGCUAAGGAUACACAGAAAAAGGUCACUGGUCAGAAGAGCAAGAAGAAAGUAGCUCCUGAGGACAAAAGUUAAAAACAGACUUUCAAAAAGACUGUCUCACAAAUGUAAUUUUACGAUUCCAGUAUGAAUGUUGUUUUCAUGGAAUACAUCAUCUUAUAAUCACCUGUACCAAACAUUUGAAAUGAACCACAAGAACACCGGACUGGUGAAAAAUGAUCCUAAAUUAUCAGUGCAUCAUGUCAAGUUCAGUUUGUAGGUCAUUUUUAAGUGAUUAUACAAUAGAAAUAACAUUCAUUGAAAUUUGUGUGGUUUGAAUCCAGAGAGAUACUUCUUAUAGAAGAACAAAUGCUUAUGCUAAAAAUAACAGCACCCAAAUGUGGUGAACUCAUGGAUUUUUCCCUUCAAGUGUGAAGGAAGGUGUCAUGAACGCUGUGGAGAGGCAUCUGGAACCACAUUUCAAAGUAAAGCUUUGCGAUUGAAUGCCCCUUCCCACUUGCUUUUUUUUCCCCUCCUUCUUUCUUCCUUCCUUUCUUUCUUUUUUGGUUUGUUGGUUUGUUGGUUUUUUUGGAUGGACAAGAAGCAGCAUGGGCUGUCUAACAAGAAUAAACCUACUGCUCAAUUAUUUCACUAUUUCUUAAUUUGUUGGUGGCAUUUUGUGGUAUGAGCCACAACGAAAUGCCUCUUAUGUGGCUGGCUAUUCAAGUUCCCUAGGAUUUUAAAUUCUUUGGUCUAUUAAAUAUCUUAUCCCUCACUGGUAACAUAGCUCCUACUGUACCUGUCAUAAUAUUGCAACUAUAAGAUUAUGGUCAGCCUCUCCUUUUCUUCAUUUUCUGUCAUUUAACCAUGUUCUUUCCUGUCUCUUUCCGUUCGAGAUGACUUUGCUCAAAAACUGAUAAACAUUUUAUCCUGAUAAGGAAGAAUGUUCCUGUUACUUGAUAUACCUCUGGCCCCAUUCUCUUACAGCUGAUCUUUCCUGAGGCUUUAUGGCCCUUCAUCCUUUAGUACACAGGUCUCUGCCAAAGGUACAGGAUUAUGAUUAUACAGUGAUGGAGACUAUUCACUAUUAGCAGAUUUUUCUCAGUUGCUAGUUUUGUACAGUGGAAUAAAACAACAACUUCAUACCUGUAAGUUACUUGGAAUGGUACCUAACAGGAAUGUUACUUAUUAUCAUACUGUAAUACUAUAUAGAUAACCUUUUCUCAGCAGCACUUGAAUUAAACUUAUUUAUUUACUUUAGUCUCAGUCUUUUAUUCUCGAGUCAGGACAGGUAGACUCCAACUUAAAUAUUUUAGAUAGGACAAAAAUUGGUCAUCUUCAGAAUUUAUGUAAAUAGAGACCUCUUGCUGCAAGGUGCAAGAAAUACAAGCCUGUGAUUUGUUUGUUUGUUUGUACUUGCAAACACAUCCUUGACUCAAAAUAUAUUCUGGACUUCUGUGUACUGGUACUACCCAUUGACCAGUUGUUUGAAUAAGUUUUUUCAUUUCUCAGAGGUUCAGUUUCUUCAUUUGUGAAACUGAUGGUAAUACCAACUAUGUCUCAAGAUUAGAAGUACCUAGCACUGUGCCUGACAUGUUAUAACUUCUCUUUAAACAAACAUUAUGUAUUUGGUUAGGAAUAAAAGGCUUGAUAACAUAGUCUGUGCCCUUACAGUGUAAUUAGUGUUGAGGAUAAAGUAAAGGAACAAAGAAUGUAGUAAAUGCUGUUAAACAUAAAGCCACGAUGCUGAAGCGUCACAGGAGAGCAUCUAACCUGGACUGGAAAUGUCAUGGAAGGCUGACAUCCUGGGUCUUACAGAUGUAACAGUUAAUAAGUAAAGGAAAACAAAGUACUCCAGGCAGAAACAAAAA